AAGGCAUAGCUUUGACUUUUCAGUCAGUCGUGAGGCAAACGUACAACAGUUAAGAUUCUAACAAAACGAGCCAAAAAGAAUCAAACCAUGUCGACGGGUAAACCAUUUAAAGUAAUUGUUACACAUCCGGAAGUCCCACAAGAGGGUUUGGAUAUUCUAAAGGAGCACUGUGAGAUUAUUCAAGUGAACAGUUUGCCCACAAAUCGUGCCGAAUUACUGGAGAAAAUUAAGGGUGUCGAUGGUGCCUUCUGGGGUGGUCAUGAGAAGCUGAAUGCCGAGGUACUCGAUGCUGCUGGUCCUCAACUGAAGUCGGUAUCCACCAUGUCGGCGGGUAUUGAUUUUGUCGAUGUACCUGAACUCAAGAAACGUGGCAUUCCUCUGGGUCACACGCCCACAGUCCUAAAUACAGCCGUGGCCGAUUUGGCUGUUGGUCUGGUCAUAGCAGCUUCCCGUCGUUUCCAAGAGGCACGCAAGAAGAUCGACACCGAUAACUGGGAGAACUAUCAUUUGAACUGGCUGUUGGGUCAGGAUAUUCGUGAUUCCACUGUGGGUUUCUAUGGCUUUGGCGGCAUUGGCCAGGCCAUUGCUAAGCGUUUGCUGGGCUUUGAUAUCGAUCAGGUGCUCUACACAACCCGCCGUCGUGUUCAUAAGGAAAUCGAAGAGGAACUCAAGGCCAAGAAGGUUGAUUUCGAUACUUUGCUGGCCCAAAGUGAUUUCAUUGUCAUUGCCUCGCCCUUGACUGCUGACACACAGGGUGUCUUCAAUGCGACUGCCUUUAACAAGAUGAAGGAGACAGCAAUUCUCGUGAACAUUGGCCGAGGAAAGAUUGUUAACCAGGAUGAUUUGUACGAAGCUUUGAAGUCAAAUAGAAUCUUUGCCGCUGGCCUAGAUGUCACAGAUCCCGAACCAUUGGCCCCCACUGAUAAAUUGCUAACCUUGGAUAAUGCCGUUGUCCUCCCCCACAUUGGCUCGGCGACGAAACGUACCCGUGCCGAAAUGGCCACAAUUGCUGCCCACAAUGUGCUCCGUGGUUUGGCUGGAGAGCCCAUGUUUUCGCCCGCCUACUUGACUAUCGACCUUCAUAAUCGUGAAAUGUCGUCGGUUCGCAAGGCAUUUAAGGUGCUUGUUUCCCAUCCCAAUGUCCCUUUGCCGGCCUUGGAGUUGCUACGCUCUCGAGGAGCAGAGACAAUCAUCUGCCAGAGUGUGCCACCAUCAAGGGAGGAGAUCCUGCAAAAGGUUCCCGGUGUGGAUGCCAUCUUUUGGGCUCACUAUCAGGCACUGAAUGCUGGAAUAUUGGAUGCAGCUGGUCCCCAGUUACGUUGUGUCAGCACCAUGUCAUCGGGCAUAGAUUUUGUCGAUGUGCCCGAAUUUAAGCGUCGUCAAUUGCCCUUGGGUCACACACCGGGAGUUGUCCAGAAUUCUGUGGCAGAUCUUGCCAUUGGCUUGAUGAUUGCAGCCGGACGCAAUUUUCAUGCCGGUCGCUAUCAAAUCGAAAGUUCACAGUGGCAAACGGAACAAAUUAAUUGGCUGAUGGGUCAUGAAAUACGCGAUUCUGUGAUUGGUUUCUUUGGUUUUGGAGGCAUAAGUCAGGCCAUAGCCAAGCGUCUGCAAAGCUGGGAUGUGGCCAAAAUCAUUUACCACACUCGCACCCGCAAGGCAAACGAUGUGGACCUCAAGGCUGAGCAUGUUCCCUUUGAAACCUUAUUGAAGGAAAGUGAUUUUCUGGUUGUGGCUGCUCCAUUGACCGAUGAAACUCGUGAAAAAUUUAAUUCCAAAGCCUUUAAGCAAAUGAAAUCGACAUCGAUAUUUGUGAAUGUGGCCCGAGGAGGUUUGGUCAAUCAGAAGGAUCUUCAUGAAGCUUUGACAAAGGGCACAAUCUUUGCCGCUGGUCUUGAUGUCACUACACCCGAACCACUACCCGCCGAUGAUCCAAUCUUAAAGCUGCCCAAUUGUGUUGUUCUACCUCAUCUGGGCACCCAAACCAUGAAGACAACUAUUGAAAUGAGUUUGCUGGCUGCAAAUAAUAUAUUAAAUGCCAUUGAGGGUAAACCUAUGAUUAGACCUGCCUAUUAAAAAGGAAAGUUAAACAAUCUUUCAAUUAUUUAAGACCAAGUGCAGCACAAAAAUAACCACUUUCCUUUGAUAUUUCAAAAUUAUUUGAAUAUUUUGUACAAAUAUUUUUGUAUGCUCAACUCUAAAGAGAAAAAUAUAUAAUUUUUGUAUACUCUUUCAUCAGAAAAAGCUUUUA